GGUUAAAAAGUUGUAUCAUCUCAGGGAAGCAGUAGCCUAUUGCGGGUUUCUUGGAGCAGGAAAUCAAACCAAUAAUGAGCAGAUAAUACCAGUUAAACAGUGUCUGGCCGACAACGUCAUCACAGUGGCAACACCGUAGAAGCAACAUCAAAGAGCAGGGGACUUCCGUGUUCCUGAGUCAGCGGGAAACAUGCCCAGUAUCUCCUCUGCCAAAGUGGCUGCAGUUUCUACAUAGAUCUCUAUAGAUCUUGUGACCAUGUCUGUUAGUGCAACAGAGAAUGAUCCUCCUAGAUUCUUCGUGGGUGGAGAAGAUGGGGAAGGAUUAUUGGAUUCAGCCAGAUCUACAGAUUACGAACACUUCUAUGACCAUGGGGAAGAAGAGGAGGAAGAAUAUGACUCUCCACCGGAAAGACAAAUUGCAGUUGGGAUUUGUUCAAUGGCUAAGAAAUCUAAGUCCAAGCCAAUGAAAGAAAUUCUUGAACGCCUCUCCAUGUUUAAGUACAUAACUGUAAUAAUAUUUGAAGAGGAUGUUAUUUUGAAUGAACCAGUAGAAAACUGGCCUCUGUGUGACUGUCUCAUUUCUUUUCAUUCUAAAGGAUUUCCACUGGACAAAGCAGUUGCCUAUGCAAAACUCAGGAAUCCAUUCAUAAUCAAUGACUUGAAUAUGCAGUAUCACAUACAAGACAGGAGAGAAGUAUAUGGUAUUCUUAAAGCUGAAGGCAUUUUACUUCCUCGCUAUGCAGUUCUGAACCGUGAUCCAAACAAUCCGCACGAAUGCAACUUGAUUGAAGGAGAAGAUCAUGUGGAAGUGAAUGGAGAAAUUUUCCAAAAGCCUUUUGUAGAAAAGCCAGUUAGUGCUGAGGACCACAAUGUUUACAUUUAUUAUCCAACAUCUGCUGGGGGUGGAAGCCAGAGGCUCUUUCGAAAGAUUGGCAGCAGAAGCAGUGUUUAUUCCCCUGAAAGCAGUGUGAGAAAAACAGGCUCCUAUAUUUAUGAGGAAUUCAUGCCUACAGAUGGCACUGAUGUGAAGGUGUACACGGUAGGUCCAGACUAUGCUCAUGCUGAGGCCCGGAAGUCUCCAGCUCUGGAUGGCAAAGUAGAACGAGAUAGUGAAGGAAAAGAAGUGAGAUAUCCAGUCAUCCUAAAUGCAAGAGAGAAGUUAAUUGCUUGGAAAGUAUGCCUUGCCUUUAAACAAACAGUUUGUGGCUUUGAUUUGCUGCGUGCUAAUGGACAGUCCUAUGUCUGUGAUGUGAAUGGCUUCAGUUUUGUGAAAAACUCCAUGAAAUACUAUGAUGAUUGUGCUAAGAUACUGGGAAAUAUCAUAAUGAGAGAACUUGCUCCCCAGUUUCAGAUACCAUGGUCAAUUCCGUUGGAAGCUGAAGACAUCCCUAUUGUGCCCACCACCUCUGGAACAAUGAUGGAGCUUAGAUGUGUUAUAGCUGUAAUACGCCAUGGGGACCGAACACCAAAACAAAAGAUGAAAAUGGAAGUAAAACAUCAGAAGUUUUUUGAUCUCUUUGAAAAAUGUGAUGGAUAUAAAUCUGGAAAACUAAAACUGAAAAAACCAAAGCAGUUGCAGGAAGUGCUUGAUAUAGCAAGGCAGCUCCUUGUAGAACUUGGGCAAAACAAUGAUUCUGAAAUUGAGGAAAGUAAAGCAAAACUUGAACAGCUAAAGACUGUGUUAGAAAUGUAUGGUCAUUUUUCAGGCAUAAAUCGCAAAGUUCAGUUAACAUACCUUCCUCAUGGUUGCCCAAAGACUUCCAGUGAAGAGGAAGAUAAUAGAAGAAAUGAGCCAUCCUUGCUUCUAGUUCUAAAAUGGGGAGGAGAAUUGACCCCUGCAGGCAGGGUUCAAGCAGAGGAGCUUGGAAGGGCUUUCAGGUGUAUGUAUCCAGGUGGACAAGGAGAUUAUGCUGGAUUUCCUGGAUGUGGUUUACUUAGAUUACAUAGCACUUACCGACAUGAUCUCAAAAUCUACGCUUCUGAUGAGGGACGAGUUCAGAUGACUGCAGCAGCUUUUGCAAAG